AUGGACAGGGAAUCUUUCGACGACAUUUAUCUCGAUCUCUCUAAGCAACCUGGCAAAUGCAGACUGGCAGAGUCGGGUCUUGGUUGGAAACCAGCUGGUGGACAGACUUUCACACUUGACAAAGGAGAGCUUCUUAGUGCGCAAUGGAGCAGAGCUGCUCGUGGAUAUGAGCUAAAGAUACUCGCCCGUAAUGCUGGAGUUGUUCAACUGGAUGGCUUCAAGCAAGAUGAUUUCGAGACGAUACAGAAAUGCUUCAAAGUCUGGUACGGGGUGCAGUUCGAGCACAAGGAGCACGCUUUGCGUGGGUGGAAUUGGGGCAAGAACGAGAUGGGCAGAAACGAAUUGACUUUCAAUGUGCGCAACCAACCAGCAUUUGCGAUCCCAUACACUGAGAUCUCCAACACCAACUUGGCAGGAAAGAAUGAGGUGGCUGUUGAAUUUUCAUUACCGGCAGACGGUGAGGACACUGGAACCAAUGGUCACUUGGGUGGUGCUCGAGCCAAGGGCAAGAAGAUGGGAGGAGCUGUGGAUCAGUUGACAGAAAUGCGAUUUUAUAUCCCAGGCACGGAAAUGCGUAAGGCGAAGGAUGAUGACGGCGAAGAGCUCGAGGACGGUGAAGAUGAAGAACAGAAUGCAGCAAACCUGUUCUAUGAGACGCUGAUGAGCAAGGCUGAGAUCGGAGAUGUUGCAGGCGACACAUUUGCAACAUUCCAAGAGAUCUUGCACUUGACACCGCGCGGCAGAUUCGACAUCGAUCUUUACGAGAAUUCUUUCCGGUUGCGUGGAAAAACCUACGACUACAAAAUCUCAUACGAACAUGCCAAAAGAUUCUUCAUUCUUCCCAAGCCUGACGACAUGCAUCAACUACUGUGCAUAGGUCUCGAUCCGCCACUCCGGCAGGGUCAAACGCGAUACCCUUUCCUGGUCAUGCAAUUCAAGAAGGACGAGGAGGUGCAGAUUGAGCUGAACAUGACCGAGGAGGUGCUCGCCAACUACAAGGGAAAACUCCAAGCUAAGUACGAGGAGCCGAUCGGUCGUGUUAUCUCGAAAAUUUUCCACGGUCUUACCAAUAAGAAACUCCUACAACCAUCGCCAGAUUUUGUUAGCCAUCACCACAUGAGUGGUGUCAAGUGCAGCAUCAAGGCGAACGAAGGACAUUUGUUCUGCCUGGACCGUGCCUUCUUGUUCGUUCCGAAGCCGGCAACCUAUAUCUCGUUUGACCACAUCAAUUCAGUGACUAUGAGUCGUGUCGGUGGGGCUGUUAGUGCUAGUCGCACGUUCGAUAUCACGGUGUCGCUGAAAAAUGGCGCGGGCGAGCACCAGUUCUCCAACAUCAAUCGUGAGGAACAGCAGCCACUUGAAACGUUCUUCAAAAUCAAGAACAUCAAGACGAAGAACGAGAUGGAUGGAGAUACCUCCAUGCUCGCCGCUGCCCUCGCGAACGAUCCUGAUCUCGUCAGCAGUGAAGACGAGGUUGUUCCACGGGAUCGCGGAAGUGCUGACGAGGACGAUGAAAGCGUAGACGAAGACUUCCAGGCCGACUCCGAGUCCGACGUGGCUGAAGAGUAUGACAGUGAUGCGAAGAGCUCUGGGGACAGUGAUGCAGAGAUGGACGAUGCGGAUGGCGAUGCGAACGAUGCCAGCGACAGCGAUACGGAGGCGAAAGUGGAGCCACCAAAGAAGAAAUCGAAAGUGGGGAAAUAG